UGUUGCCGAGACUUUGCUGAGUGCGGAUGAACUGAAGAAGGAUGCCAAAUCUGAAUAUUUUAAGGGGAGCCCCCUAUUGCUGCAGAUUUGGCUCAUGGAACGACUUAGGCUCUUAGAAAUUCCUGCCGAUCCUAAACAUUAUCGCCCUAUAGCCUUGGGUAACCGGAAGUGUUUGCACCGAGGCCAGGACGAGGCCGAGUGGGCCUCCUUUUUUACUCAUGGUAUCUGUUCUAUUAAAUGGGUGGUACCGUGGUGGGGUUUGACUACUAUGACGGGGGGUUCUGAUGUAUCGGUUUAUGUUUCUUUGUUGGGGCUAUCCCGUCCCAUUUAUAUCUUUCCUUACCGAGUCAUGCGCCAAUACGGCUUAAGGCAGACUAUCCCCUUUUCUGAUACAGUACCACCUAAAGUAGCGGCCUUUUCACAAGCACGGGUUCAAGCGUGGGCUAAGUGUUAUGAUGGUCUCCCGCGUUGGGCCGUAGCUACAAAUGGCUUUGUGGGUCUUUCUGAAAACUACAAGUUGUGGAUGAGCUCCGAUGAUAAAGCUGUGAGGACCGAGGCUCGAAAUGGGGAGUCGGCUGAGCUUUUGAUACCUCGUAUUCGGGUUAGAUAUGAGGGCCGUGAUUCUGCCAAUCUUCGCACCCAUGGUAUUAAGACUGUGAAAGCUCGUCCUGAUCGAAAGCGAAAUGAAGUUCCUCCCCGUUCCAGUUCUAGGCCUAAGAAGAUGCCUAACAUGAAGGGGCCUGCCGUUGCUAAAAGAAAUGCAAGCUCUCGCGGAGAUCGUCGCCGGAACAAUGUAUGGGUUAGGAAGGCUCAGCCGUCUGUAGAAACAGUGACUAAUCUAGUUGAUGUUGAUGAUCCUUCUCCCACCAUUGUCUGUGCCCUUGAGGCUGAGCGGGCUAUAACUGAGAAUGUUUCUGAAGUCUUGGCAUCUUUGGAAGUUAGUGUCCAGGAGCCGGUCCUUAUGGAGAUUGAUAUAGGGGCAGCGCAGAAGACUGUGGGGGUGGAUCCUGCAAACCUUGCCCUCUACAAGACUUUAUUUGAUGAUCCGGAAGAGCUAGAGUAGUGUAGUUCCUGCUAGGGUGUAGGUGCCCUUUGUUUAUUCCAGUUGUGUUUGUUUUUUCCCUUUUAGAACUUUUGUUUUCCUUCUUAUUAUUUUUUAAUAAAGGCGUAUUUUAUUUUUUACUUUCGUUUUUGCUUCUCCCCCUUUUUUUUAUAUUUUAUAUAUGUCUAACAUUUUUGCACAAUGUAUAUAUAUUUUGCUAUUUAAUUGGACCGAAUCCAUAAAUAGGAUUGCCUACGUAUCUUUGUUAGAAUCAGGUCGCGCGUAGUUCUAGCUAGAAUAAAUUCUAGGAUGCCGGAUUUUAAUAGAUAUGCCCUGAGGUGGAAACAUAUUAUUUAAUCGGUCAAAUGAGUGAAGUACAUCAUUAAUUUCGUCUGCUGUUUUUUUUUUUUUUUUUUUAAUUUUUUUUUUGCCGUAAGCCGCAUAUAAAGGUCAAAUUCCAUUGUUUUUUUUUGUACGGUUAUAUUUUUUGGUACGCAUAUCUGGAUACGUGCUGUACCCCCCAAGUGUUCGUUAUUUUUCCGUUAUGUGCGGAUAAGAUGACGAGCACUUCUGAAAAUAAGUUAGGCAAGCAGAGAGUUUCAACGCCCAGGCUGGGGCGUCAAAGAUUUUGGCGCCCAGCCCUGGGCGCUGAAAAUGAUUUCUGGGCGGUCGUUUUUGACGCUUUGCUUCACAUGUUCUUGCAUUUAUUUCUUUUUUUCUUCGUUUUGUGCUUUGCUUUUUACUCGUAUUAAAAUCAAUUUUGAGGCUAUUUCGGAGGCUUUUUUGACUGUUAGCGUGAGACGCAUUUUUGUCCGGAUUAAUUUUUUCUAUUCGUGACUCGAAAAGGCUUUGAAAAUGGAGUUAGGGUGCGGAAGAUAUGAAGA